AUGACAACCGACGGUUCGGUAACGGGCUGCUCUAGUCUAGAUUUGCACGAGUCCUUUGUGACCACUCGCGGCACCAUUCUUUGCACUGCCGUCAACGUCACGAACGCUGACUUGACAUCCAUCGGAGGGCCAUCAGAUGGGUGGGUAUUCGACACUAUGGUCUUGGAAAUCGACAUCAAGACCAACGACAUCUUGUUCAUGUGGAGCCCUCUCAAAGCAGGCAUUCCUAUUAACUCUACGAAACUAUCUCUGUCCUCUAGUGGGACUUCACAGUCUAACCCCUUCGAUUGGUUUCACAUGAACUCUGUUACAACUUUGAAGGAUGGCUAUUUGGCAAACUCUCGACACACCUGGACUUCUUAUGCUCUAGAUUCAAAGGGCAAACUGCAAUGGAGCCUCGAAGGGUCAAAUGGCGGCGACUUUUCUCUACCAGCAGCGGGAAACUUUUCUUGGCAACACCACGUUCGAGUACAGGACGAGACUUCGAGUUCCCUUGUCUUGCACAUGUUCAACGACAUGAAUGAUGAUAAGGGAGACAAGCCAUCGAAUGGCCUUGAGUUGCACUUGGAUCUAGAUAAGCGCAGUGCCACAAUCAAGAAGCUCUAUAUCGACCGACACGACGAGAUCGACACAUCAUCCCAGGGCUCUUAUCAAGACUUUUCCAACGGAAACGUUCUCCUCGGCUACGGCAACGUUGGCUACGUAAAGGAGUUCGGCCCUGAGGGUGAUGUCCGCAUGAGCAUGUCUGGUGCAGCCUCGUACCGUGUAUAUCGGGAGGUUUGGGAUGCUACGCCGGCAGGAUACCCGCCAAAUGCAACAGCUAUAGAAGGAAAAGGUUGGGUCAGCUGGAACGGAGACACGAGGACUACCAAGUGGGUAGUAUAUGCAGGCUCCUCAAAAGAUUCGCUUACCAAGGUUGGAGAGGUAGUACGUACUGGCUUCGAGACAGAGUACAGUCUGCCUAGCGGAGCAAGCUGGGUUCAGGUAGGCGCCUUUGCCGGAGAUUACUAUUUACGAAACUCGAGUAUAGUUCUUAUUAGUAAUUAA